CCCUUAUUGCCUGCUUUCCUUUCACACAAUCUUUUCCACCUAUUGGAGGAGCCGUCUCCUUCUUUCCCUCCCCUCUCUCAGGACUACUGGGAGUUCACUUCAGUCUCUGCAAUGAGUAGUUUGGGGAGAAGGCAGGUGGAGGGCAGCAAUGGUGGUUUAGAAGAAGAAGAAGAAGAAGAAGAAGAAGAAGAAGAAGAAGAAGAAGAAGAAGAAGAAGAGGUGUGGCCGGUGGAACAUCCGAUGGAGCCAAUGGAUGAAGACCGUCCUGUCAUAUGCCCAAUUCCUACAUCUUCUCUUCUUCCUCAAGAAGGAAGAAGUCGUGGUCAAAAUAAGAAGGUGGAAAGUUGGAGAAAGAGAGCAGGGAAUCCAGUGGCAAUGGUAGCAAUGCCGAUUAUGAUAAAUAAUGAUAUGGAUAGGCUCGAAGUGGCAGAGGCCGAUCAGAGUAUUGGAGUAGUUCGUAAGCGUCAUCAUUCACAUAUCAAUAAGAAGGUGUAUCAAUUUGAUUAUCUUCGUAAUCACCAUUCAGCUGGUGAAGAUGGAUUGAGAAGAAUGGCGACUUCACCUCUCCCAUCAAACAACAAUGUUGCUAAUACUAUCUUUCAUAUGCUUCGACAUGCUCAUUAAUUAGUUGUUCGUUUUUCUCAAUUUUACUCUUAGUUCCCCACUUUUUACUUCUAAGAGGUAUCCCCUGGCUCCAAGGUUUUGAAUAUAAGUGAUUGCGUAAGAAGAAUAAAUUACAAAAUUAUUGUUAAUGAAUAUAGCGUUUGAACUUUACCUGGAUAAUUUUUUUUUCAAAACAAACUUACUUU